AUGGCAUCUCGUCAAAACAUCAGCUCCGGCUCUGCGUUUGAAGCGCAGAUUGGCUAUUCACGAGCCGUCGUCACCGGGGAUUGGGUAUUCGUGAGCGGGACAACUGGCUACAACUAUAGCACCGGCGACAUCUCCCCCGACGUGGCCGAGCAGGCGGACCAGACACUGACCAACAUCGCCGCGGCUCUCAAGGACGCAGGCGCAUCUGUCGAAGACGUCGUCCGCGUUCGUUACAUUCUACCCGACCGCGAUGACUUCCCAAAGACUUGGCCGGUGCUGCAGAAGUGGUUCGGCCAUGUUCGUCCUGCGGCGACUAUGGUGCAGUCCGCGCUGAUGAAGGAAGAGAUGAAGAUUGAGAUCGAGGUCACUGCCAGAAAGGGAUGCGGAAACGCGGCUGACCAGGGACCGGUGGCUUAA